AGUGGGCCGACCAAGAUAGGUUAUUUGAACUUUGUUUUGUUUUGCUAGGGUUAUUGACUCUAAACAUAGGACUUAACCAGUAAUAUUAUUAUUUUGUAACUAAAAUUGAUAAGUAGAAGUUGAAAAAUGGUUUAUUUACAUUUCCCAUCCAAUUUGACGGAGGAAGAGUUGAUGCUGCAGGCCAAAUAUAACAAACUGAAGAGAAAAAAAAAAGCUCUCCAAGACUUGAAAACUCCAAAACCAGAGCCCGAGCGAAUGCCCCAAGCUCCAAAACGUCCAACAGAAGCCAGAGAUGCACGUGAGGUGGCGAAAAAACUGAUAAAAUCAGGCGUUAUCACUGCACCUAAAACUCCAAAACGACCGGAGCAGUCGUUCAAGCGUCCUCGAGGUCUAGAGCGAAAGCUAAACAGCACAGAGAAGACAGUUUGCUCGUAUCAACCUUUCUCAGCAACACAGGCAGAGGAGGAGGAGGCUGAGGCAGCUGCUAGACCUCGUGUCAAGGACCUCUAUGAGAGUUUCGUAAGUGCACAGAGUACUGAGGAACAUCCACCAGCGGCUAGGCCCACCCCAACCAAAAUUGAACAUAAACCUAGGACUGGUAAUACGAUUUUUGUCUGUGGAUAUAAGAUUUCUGAGGAUUUUUUGAAGAAACACUUCAGCUCAUUUGGGAAUAUUAUCAAUAUCACGAUGGAAGCUGAAAAGAACCGAGGUUUCGUAACAUUCGACAAGUCUGAUGCAGCAGAGCGGGCGAUAAAUGACAUGGACGGCAGCAUGGUGUCCUCAAUCCAGCUGAAGGUGUCCCUCGCUCGUCGCCAGCCAAUAAUUGACCCAAUAAAUGACACAACAUCCAGCUCUAUGUGGUCAUCAAUAGCAGCGAAUUACUCUCAAAAAUCAGCCCACAAAGACCGAAGGGAUAUGAAAGUUUAUGAAGAGGAUCUCUUUCAGUAAUAGGCAAAAUCAAUUAACUAUCCUUCCUUCCAUUUGUUUAUAAUCAAUGAAUACUUUAUGUAUUAAAGCAUAUAAGUAACAAUUAUUCAUAGUCAACAAUUGUAGAAAUAUACGUGAAAUAUAAUAUUAAUUAUGUUAUAGCAUUA